CUGGCAUUGUUUGAUUUGCAAACUCUGCUCUGUCCACUCCUGUUCCAGCUCAGACAAGAAUAGAGGAGCUAAAGUGCUUAAAAGAUGGCCGACGCAGGCGUUGCAGUUCCCGCCGAGAAGAAGGCCCCUCCCAAGUUCAAGCAGAGGACCACUCGUACCUUCAAGAGCAAAGCCCCUAAACCCGGCCAGAAGGGAUUCGGAGACGAAAUCCCCGGCAUGGAGGGUCUGGGCACAGACAUCACCGUUGUCUGCCCAUGGGAAGCCUUCGGGGACAUGGAGCUCAGCGACCUGGCCAAAUAUGGAAUCGUCUAG